CACAGGAGUAGCCUGAGAGCAGUGCAGAAGCAGAAGGAGCUGGGUGGCAGGAGAGAGGCAGGAGGGCUGUUGUUGAUUGAACAAAGCCAGGGAAGGAGUGCGCAGUCCUGGGGAGAAGAGCAGCUGUGAAAUGCCACAAAGGGAGCCUGCCAGAAACUCCUGCAGAGACCUGAAGGCGAUGAGCUUCAGUUGAGGAUUCUCGAAUCCUCAUGGACCACAACAUGGAGAUAGGGGUCACACCUGCACAGGUGAAGAAGCUUCCUAAACACUUGCGGGAGGCUCAGAUCUCGACUGAGCGAACGCACCUGAUUUCUGACCCGGCGAAGAAGCAGCGUCAACGAUACGUGCAGAAGAACGGCAAGUGCAACGUUCAUCACGGAAACGUGCAAGAGACUUACCGAUACCUCAGUGACUUGUUCACGACGCUGGUGGACCUACGCUGGCGUCUUAGUCUCUUCAUUUUCACCUUUGUCUAUAUAGUCAACUGGCUAUUCUUUGGCUUUCUGUGGUGGCUGAUAGCGCUCAUCCGUGGGGAUCUGGUGCACGCUGAUGAGGAGGGCUGGACCCCCUGUGUGGAGAACCUCAACAGCUUUGUCUCGGCCUUCCUCUUCUCCAUUGAAACGGAGACCACCAUUGGUUACGGUUAUCGUGUGAUCACAGAGAAAUGCCCAGAGGGUAUCAUUCUGCUUCUGGUGCAGGCCAUCUUGGGUUCCAUCGUGAACGCCAUGAUGGUGGGCUGCAUGUUUGUCAAGAUCUCACAGCCAAAGAACCGCGCCGAGACCCUCAUGUUCUCGCACAAGGCCGUCAUAUCGGUGCGAGACAACAAGAUGUGCCUGAUGUUUCGGGUGGGAGAUCUGAGGAACUCUCACAUCGUGGAGGCGUCGAUCCGAGCGAAGCUGAUCCGCUCGCAGCAGACCAAGGAGGGCGAGUUCAUCCCGCUCAACCAGACCGACAUCAACAUCGGCUUCGACACGGGAGACGACCGGCUUUUCCUGGUUUCGCCCCUGAUCAUCUCUCACGAGAUCAACGAGAAGAGCCCGUUCUGGGAGAUGACGGCGAAGCAAAUGGAGAGGGAGGAAUUCGAGAUUGUCGUUAUCCUUGAGGGCAUGGUCGAGGCCACAGGGAUGACAUGUCAGGCGCGGAGUUCCUACCUGGACAACGAGGUGCUUUGGGGCUACCGCUUCACGCCGGUCCUCUCCCUGGAGAAGGGCUUCUACGAGGUCGACUAUAACAGCUUCCACGAUAUCUACGAGACCAACACCCCCACCUGCAGCGCCAAGGAGCUAGCUGCUAAGUUUCGGGCCGGGCCGCUAUUGCCUCAGCUUUCGCUCCUCACCCCCGACCCCAAAACGCACAGUACUUUUACUUUUAACACCCUGAACCGCCUGUCCGAACGGGACCCGCUCAGCCCAGAUGAGGACAAGGAGGAGAGAGAUUCAGGGGGUGACAGAGGAGAGACCAAUGGCUCAGCGGCCGCUCUGGAGGAUCCGCCCCUUGCCGAUGGACUGCCCGACUGAUGUGAUUGGCGGCCACGUCAGCUAAAACCCCAGGAGACACUGGACAUGAGGACAGGACAAUAUAACGCUUCAUUUAGUCAACGGCCAGCUUGUUCCAUUGCAACGCUCGGAGAUACAAGACAUCCGUCUCCAGCGCCCGACUCAUGCAAUACUCCUCUACUAGAGUGUCAAUCUAUAGUAUCGAUUGGUUUUGUAGACACGUAAGUACGCAUACACUGACACACGUACAGUAUCUAUAUCUACACGAAAAAGGUUGGUUGUCAGACUGUCUUUUUAUAAUGGAAACGACCACUUACUGCUGUAACAGCUGUAAGUUGUAUCACGUAAACUUGAUCUCAAACUGGUAGCUAUGACAGAGUACCACGGGCUUAUUAUGGAUACCCCAGAACUGCUGAUUCAGCUUCAUUUGAACAGAAUCACUCUCAUAACACAGCUAACGUGUCUAACAGCAGCUUCUGAGUGAUAAUGGAACCUUGUUCUUUACAUUAUAUUUGUCGUUGUCUUUUUUUCUUCCUUUGGGAGAUUAACGUUUCAUGUUUCUGGCAGUGUUAUUAUCCCGUGUCAGAAACCCAAUUCAGCAAAGAGGAUAUACCUCAGACUUCUAGUUUGCAAAAGGCAAGAGAAAAUCACGUGUUCUCUAAAAAGCUAAUUUAUUUGACUUGUUACCACUCUAUUCAUGGUUGUACUGUCGUAAAUACCCUCAUCAUUACUCUCUCCAACAUACUGGGAGCAUUGACCCAAAAGAAACCAGGUAGUACCUCAUUACAUAAUCAUGUUCAGGGUUCUGAAACGAACAAUCAGAACAAGUUCUGGUGAAAAGCGGUCUGUGCUACUGACUGAUUCUUUUGGAAACCCUUUGACUGGUUAAAGAUUGAAUCCCCCUUCCCGCUGCAUCAACCCAAACAUUAAUUCCAAGCCCUUUUCUUGGGACAUAAAGCACAAUGUGACACACUGACCUGACGGCCCGCCGGCUGAUGCAUGUCGGUCCGACUUCAAAGCGGCUUUUUCAAAUGUAGGUUAACAAAUGUAUUAUGAAUGAUUCGGUUGAACAUGUUCUUGAUUUCUAUACACAUGAAUAUUUUUUUUUAAACCGCUCCACGAGCGAAUUGAAACGUUCAUUGUAUCCUGUGUUGGUUUUGUUUUUUUGGUUUUAAAUAUUUAAAAGAUAUCCCCAAAAAAAAAACGGAUGUUUUUUCAGCAGGGUAUUUUAUAGGCAUGCAAAUUAUGAGAUUUCUACAAUAUGUUAUCACAUAAUGUAUUAAUAUUCAAUUAUCAUUUGUCGAAAGAUAAAUUCCUGAUGCUUUAAAGAAAUCUCCUACUCCCCGAUUCUAUGUUAUCGUGUUUAUUUUUGUUUACAGAUGCUUGUCCAAUGUCAAUGACAAUGUAUUUAUUUCCACUGUAACAUGUCAGCAUCUUACUAUGUAUUCCAUUGAAACAAUACGUUUGCCAUUUCGCGACAGAUCGUCUUUCGUUUGCUGGAAUGUCAUCUGUUUCUCUUUGCGUGUUCUCAUGGGAAUAAACAUAAUAUGGUCGAAAGAACAACAUGUUCCCGUUAGAUAAUGUGUGCAUGCAUGAGCGAUCGCAUGAGAGUGUGUAAUUAAUUUUUUGCACAGAACUUUGCAACUGAGGAUCAGAGAGUUUCAUUUAACACGUGUGACGCUGCACUGUAUCAGCUGUACUGUGACAACAACAAAACAACAGAUUAAUGGCCAUGACAGGGUAAACAACUGUGUCUUGACGCACAAGCUGCAAACUGGAUUAGCCGCGUAUCAAAUCAUAAAAGGGAGACUUAAAGGACCUUUAAUUAUCGCCACAAAACUAUCUUGUCUUGUUCUGAAGCUCGAGGCAUAAUCGGCUUCAUGCGUGCUCGAGAACAAAUGUAACGGAUACUAUCGAGAACUUUGUCUCACCCCUUUCAGUGUCUUAAUGUUAAUGAAUUAAUUAAACUGUGGCUGUAUCUCGAUGACACCCUCAACCCAC